UGUAAUAUUGAAAAUGUUAUAUUGCGCAUUUAAUUUGUUUUCAAUUAUUAUAUUAAUGUUUCAAUAUUCAAAUGCUUGUAUAACUGUAUCCCAUGAUGAGAUUUACAAAAAGCUGAAAACUGUAGCAAGUACAUUAAACGAUUUAAAUUCUACAGUUGAUAACUACUACGAUAAAUUAAAAGAUGUAAGUGAUAUAAUCAAAAAGGUUAUAAGGAAUUUUACGAAAAAAAUGAAAAGGGAUAUGUACGGAGAAGUUAGUCUUGAAAUAACAAAAAAUCGAAAAAUUAUUGAAAAUGUGGUUGAAACGAUUGAAAAUAAUCAUCAAAAAGCGUUACAAGAACUCGCCGGAGUAAAUAAAGAAGUAAAAUCUAUAGGUGAAGUCGCAGACAUUGACAAAAACCAAAUUAUUAUGAAUAGGACACGUGUAAAUGAAUUUGUUGGAGAAUUAAAAGGUUUCACGGAUUUUGGUAAAAGUAUCGAACGGAUGUAUGUUAUGUUUUUGAAUAUCUACGGAGAUCCAAGUCUAGUCGAAGAUAGAAAUAUAUAUGAGUUUAUUGAUUAUUGUUUAGGAAAUGACGAUUUUAAUAUGGGACCAGUCCUAAAUAAUAUGCUAAAUAAUUUAAUAGACGAACAUGGCGUUUUUAAUUUAAUGAAACGAGAAUUGGUGGAAAAAUAUGUUGUAGCUUCACGACGAAAAUCAACAUUAGAAUAUCUAAGUAACUUAGCUCUUUAUAUGGCAGUUUCAGAAGUCAGAUGUUCAAUGAUGGCUACUAAUGCUAAAGGAUUGAUAAGAUUCUUACGACCAGGUACUUUAUAUAAUUCGCAAUUGAACUCGUAUAUGAAGAAAAUGACGGAGAGACUGAAUUUAUUAGCUCUAUCAGUACAAAUACAUGCUCGACAGUAUAGCGGCAGGUAUUGGGUGGGCGAUACAGAGAACAAUAAAAUAGGGUAUCAAUAUGUGAAUUUUUACAAUAUUUUCAAAGGUCUUUCUUUACGCAAUAAAGAUUGUGAUAGUAUUGGCAAAAAAAUUGUCUCUAACGGUACACGUUCCAGCUAUGAUUAUUGCGAUAAAUAUAAUAAACAUAAAUGUAAAGGGACCAUUCACUGUUCAUCGAACAUACAUCUUAUUACAGAUGUACAUAUUUGUUAUAGCAAAAAAAACGAAACCCGACUUUAUGAUUAUGUCAGUUAUACGGCUAAAGAGAAACGCGAUUGCAGUGGCACCAAAGAAACUAUUAAAAAAGAUAGCAAAUGUGUGAAUUGUGAAUGUUAUUGCGAUCACAAGCAAGCUGAUAAAUACAUUAGUUUAGAUGAAAUGGUGACGGAUGUUGCGAAUAAUAGAGUAUUAACUGGAAUACGUUUCAACAAACACAAUGGAGUUAUUGGGUUAGAUAUUGAAGAAUCUGAACUUAAUGAUAAUGGAUAUAUAAUGGAAGGGACGAGUAAAUGGAUUAUCAAUAAGGGCGUAGAUAAAUUUGAAUUAAAACAUCCAGAUAAACGAGAAAUACAUCUAAGUGGAAUAGAAACAGACAAUCAUAGAGUUAUAACCGGAGUACGAUUUCACGAAGUAGAAGACGGUGUGGAAUUACAUGUAAGAAUUACUGAUUUAAUUUCAUGCUCGAUAAGUAAAACUAUUUUAUCGUCGUCUUCUAAUUGGAUAAAUAAUGAUAAAAAAAGGGAAUAUAGUAUUAACUUGGAAAAAGACAAAGUCGGCCAUCCUAGUCAAGCGGAGAGAGAAGGUCCAGUAGCCAUUCAAAAUUUCUCUAAGAGCCGUGUUAGAGUUUCAGCAACCAGUUUUGAGGAAGAUGGAGCUCAAACUGUUAUUCCAUUUUUUGAUGUACGUAAAGUAACACCUUCUAAACCUAUGUUGUUACGCGGAAUUGGAUUGGUUUACAAAAGAGGUAGUAACAAGUAUGGCGGAUUUAUAGCUCCAUAUAUUGUUUUGACUGAUUACUCAAAUCAAAUUGAUAACGAUUUUCUUGAGAUAAUGGCAAGAAGUUAUUCAUCUGGAUUGUCUAUUUUUAUUAUUAAAAUGAGUUGGGUGUUGAUUGUUGUAAAUUGUGUAGUAUUGUUGGUUUUCUUUGGUUAAUAGAAUUAAUAUGUAAUCUCAAAUUAAAUUAUAUUUUAUACACUAUCAAA